AUGAUCCCGGGUCGAGGCGUGGGCGGGCCGGCCCAGUUGCCGCCUGAUCGCUUUCAGCGGUUGCGCGACGGCUCAGCCCCAGCCGGCCCUCGUGUCCACUUUUCGGAUGAGGCACGCGGCGGACGAGCGGAAAGCGCCAAUCCACCACCACAGCGCCGCCCCUACUACCCCUCCGAGCAGCGUCAGGUGCAAGUACAACGUCGAAAGGAACUCCACUCAUCGGCCAACGCUCUUGAUGAAGCCACCGCUGACUUGUUGAGGCUGUCGGCUGAACCCUCACCCGUACCAUCCCUCCGCACCUCCCAGAAACUGCCAAAAGCGGCAUCGAGCAGUUCGGUGCCCAGGACCAUUCAGACACGGGAUGGCGGCCAGUUACGGCCCGGUCCGAUCCACACCUGGGACACGAACCGCACCACGGAUAGCGAGGCUUCAGAGGUCGAAAUGCUGACAAGCCGUGGUAGGACCCGUGGUCGUGUCGAUGCCCACCCAGCCCAACGCCAAGGCCAUUCCGAAGACGACACGCUCGACCUGUCAGACUGGUCGAUGACCGUGACGGCGUCCGACGCAGCCCCCCUCAGCCACCAAUCUCCACCCAUCGGCCGUUCCGCCUUCAGCAAGCCACAAGGCCCGGCUGGGCCUUCCGCUCAACAACCUGGACACGCACACAACAUCUACAUCACGCCGUUGACACAGACGGCCGAGGAAGCCAGGCAGAAUGCUAGCCGCACUUCCCGUGAGCCGUCUCACGACACCCGAAAUGUGCGUGAAACCGAGGCCGAGCUGGAGACGCAGACCAAGGGACCACCUGUAGUGAGGACUACUGUAGAAGGAAAGCUACGAAUGGAGAAGAUUGUCGGCGCCGACCUGAUCACUGUCGAUAGCUGUGUGUCGUCGGCAUGGACCGUGAGGGAUACCGUAACCCAGUACAAGAUCAAAACGACGAUCGGGAAGCGUAGCCUGCUCAUCGAAGAGGGCAAGGAGUCCAAGUACCGUAUCACUCUCAUCGAAAAUGGCGAGACAAAAGCUGAACGCGAGGCUACCCUGGACGUUCCCAAUGGAGAGCAAAAGAAAGACUACCUGACCGAGGUCUCGAAACAACUCCUCGCCGACCUCUCCGCCCUGGACGAUGAUCGCACCACAGCGCUCACCCAUGUCGAGAUCGAAGUCGUCGAAGACGUGACGAACAUCCUAAAGACGUACGUCAUCGGCGAGACGGCCGACGAGUUCUACGGACAGGUGCCCGCCAUCGAGACGUACCACGUCGAGGACCACGCCGCCCAAACGCCAUCCCCAAUCGCCGUCGAGAAGUCGGAGCGCAUCUACGUGGACAAGCUCGAGAUCGAAGAGGGACCGCCGCCAAAGGCCGAGAUCAAGCUCGAGAAGGAGGGAAGGCACUUCCAAGGGGACGAGGGAUCCCUGAGGAGGCUGAGGAGGCAUGAUACCGAUCAGACGGACGAUGGAGCGUAUAACAGGGUGCGUUGCGCGAACGUGUUUGCCGACUGUGACCUGACGCGCCGUGAAGAUACCUCGGAUCUGACUGUUCGCUAUGCCCUCCCUCUCAUCCACCUCAUCCCAUUCACCCUCCGCCAUGAGAGAAGAGAAAGAAGACUCGACAGAGCCAGGGUGGACAUUAAUGCGCCUGGCAAUAAUUAUCAGCAACAAGUCAACGUCGUCCAGGCACACAGAUACGAAGAAGAGGAGGAGGAGCAAGAGCCGGAAGUGCUGCGAGGGGAGGGCCACCUCCAACUCCAACAAGCCGGCCAGCAACUCGUCGAGGAGCAGAAUUGGCAGAAAGUGACCCAAGUGGUCCAGGAGAAGAGACAGGGAAGGAUAUUUGACGAGGAGGAAGCGGAAGAAGUGGUUGAAGUCAUCAGACAAGCAGAACAUCCAAGGGAACACAGGCCAAAGUUCACGGAAACCGAAGCGGAAGGAGGACAAUAUUCCAUGCAACAGGAUGGCAUCGAAUUGAAGGGCGCCAAGCGUAUCCGAAAAGUCCAACGCUUCGAGUCGGACUCCUCCGAAGAGUGGAAUGGCGGCUCGCCCACCCUCGUCGACCUCACCAAGAAGGAGUCCCACUCCAUCUUCGAGCUCACCGUUGAGAUCUCCAACGAUGCGCAGCCGCUUGAAUUCCAGAUAAAACGCGCGGAGCGCAAGCGUGAGACGAUCAACCUGAUGACAUCCCUCUCCAAAUUUGCAUGCGAAUCCGAAGACACCUCCCGAAUCUGGGGCUCGAAGCAAAAAGAGCAACUCGCCUACCGCACCCGAGAACAGGGAGAAGAACACGCAACUGCUGUCGUGUACCUCCAGAAGAGACCGGGGCUCAAUGACCAGGGAUGCGAUGGGGUGGCCAGGACACCGAAUAGGGCCCAAGCCCAGAUGGCCGCGUCGGCAUUCCAGGAGCGCUCAUGGUCUUCUACACUCUCCCUCUCCCGGGCUAGCCGAGCCGAAAAUGCCCAAAAGACGGUUACUGCGGCUAACAAGGACGGUGGAAUUACAUCACAGGUAGCCGAAUACCGGCACGCCGAGGAGUCCUGCGCGGUGGUGAUGAAAAACACUGGCACCCUCCAAGCCCAAACCCAAGGCCAAUUCGUCGACAACGUCACAGACGCCGGGCAGCAGCAGCAGCAGGCACAGCAGAGCAGCUGCAGCGGCGGCGGCGUCGGCGGGACGGCCGAGGUGGCAUCGCAUUUCCAUCUGAAGACGGCGUCGUCGGGACAGGAAUGCUGGGAGGAGAGCCUCCAGCAGGAGGUCAAACUCCGCAAGAAGGAGUCCGAGGCGCAGAUCACGGUUUUCUACGUGUUGCGCAGAGUUUGGGGCAAUUACCAGCACGCCUUGAUGAAGUUGGGCUCCAGAAUUGAGAAGCGUGAGACGGCGACGCAGAUGGACGCCGCGCAGCGGUCGGCGGUUGAGGUUAGAUCUCAGGAGACGCUGACCAUGGCGAAGUCGACGGCCGAUCAGAUGACGUACAUGGAAAGCUCUAGAAAAUCGAUGGAGAGGAGCACGAUGACGGAGGAAGAAGCUAGAAAAUCAACUACAGACCAGAUGACGUCGAUGGAACAGAAGAAUUUCGCUUCUCGAGAAACCUGGAUGGACGUGCAGAAGACGUCGGACCAGAUGACGUACAUGGAAGAGUCUAAAAAAUCUGUAGAUAGAACGGCGAUGACUGAAGAAGCCAGAAGAUCAACUACAGAGCAGAUGACGUCGAUGGAACAGAAGAACUGGAUGAGCCAAGCGACCGGGAUGGACUCCUUGCAGACGUCGGACCAGAUGACGUCGAUGGAAUCGAAGAAUUUUGCCUCCCAGCAGACCUGGACCGAAGCGAAAUCAACUACAGAUCAGAUGACGUACAUGGAAGAUUCGAGAAAAUCGAUGGACAGAACGACGAUGACGGAAGAAGCCAGAAGAUCAACUACAGACCAGAUGACGUACAUGGAAGAAUCGAGAAAAUCAGUGGAUCGCCAGACGAUGACGGAAGAGCAAAGAAGCCGUCGUGAAGCUUCGACGCAGAUGGAUCAUUGCGACACGCGAAAAUCUGUAGAUCGCCAAACGAUGACCGACGACGUCUUCGACAAGUUCGACCAAUCUACCCAAAUUCAGGAGAAAAUCGAAGAGAAAUCGGCGAGGAGCCAGCAGACUGCGUUUGAAGAGUGGAGAAGCCGAUCCGAGACCCGAAGCUAUGCUUCGUACGAAUCGGACGAGUAUGAGAUGCGAGCCACCUCUACGCACGUAGUCACAGCACUCUCCACUGAACACCUGAAAAUGCACGGAAAAUUGCAAAAUUCAAAUAUCCAAGAAACCAAAGACACGGGCAUUAGCGCGUCGGCGGAUACGGUAUUUUACGAGGACACGCGACCAGAUGCUGAUUUGCAUAUGGGGGAUCAGCUAAAGGGCGCCAAUUGGAGCCGAGCGGAAUUUUCCGGAAGUUACGUCCAGAAAAGGGGCAUUUUGACGCAGAGCUUCUCGCUUGAUUUGCACCCGGAAGCUGUUCAAAAGCCCGUCAAGUCCAGCAAGUCCGAAACCGCAAUUUGGAGCUCGGCGGAAUCGAUUUUCCGGGACUCCGAAGAGCCGGAAGUGGCCGGGCAGACGCUCAAGAUUUCUGAGAGUCUAUAUCGACUCUUGGAUUCGAAGGAAACAAGCGUAACUGGGGCUGGAGAUGCUCAAAUUGCCCUCGAUUCUACGUAUCGUCAAGUUGAAACAGUUCAAGCUGAUUCUGCCGGAUUCCGGGCUUUCCAAGCUGCAGCAAAUCAAGAUAAGGUCGAGAAACGCAUCGAAUCCAAACCAAUUAGCGUGGACUCGGCAAGCCAUCAAGUUCAAGCAGUUCAGCCGGAAAUGACAAAAUUGCCGACUUCAGAAAACGCCGAAAAUGUUAUCAAAACAACUACCGAAGCCGUAACAACGUUCCAGAUCUCAGGAAACGUAGAUGAACAUGAACAGCUACCAGUCGUCGAAUCUACAACUCGGAUUUUUGAGCAUUUGGCAGAUCGCGAAACCCAAGGACAGCUAGAAGAAGCUGAAACGGGCGGAGAUUUUCAAAGUCUGCGGGCUCUAUCUAUCGUCACCCGGCCCCAGCAGCUCUCCCCCGUCUUCGAGCAGGACAGCAGCUCCGACUCCGAAUUGCACGCCAAUGAGCAGCUAACAAAGAUUUCUGAUUCUCUUUCCGCCUUGCUACAAAGUACGGAGCACUCCGGGAAGUCCAGCCUCGAGCAGGCCAGAAUUUUCAAGCAGACUUCGGAGAUUCGAGAAGAUGAUGGCGCAAAAAGUGACGUCCCGGAAAGCCCUCAAACUUGGCUAGAGGCCAAAGGAGAUUUUGAGUGGAAGGCUGUCGAAAAAUCAGAAGAAAAUGCCGACAAUACGGUGGAUUUGACGAAGGAUGCGGAGAUUCCGAAUGACACUGUAAUUACGGUGAAAACUCGGAUUUCGGAGUCUCUCCGAAUCCAAGCUACUGGGACCACUAUCGAAAAUGCAGCGAAUUUCACGAAUUUUGCCACGAAUCCGGAUGUUUCUGGUGAAACUGUGGCUACCGUACCCGAGCGUAAUUUGGAGUCUCUCGGAAUUCAAGCUACCGGGACUACUGUAGAAAAUGCCGACACUGGCGCGAAUGUAUCGAAAAAUUCUGAAGUUCCGAAAGACAUGUCAAUUACGAUGGCCGAACGGAAUUUGGAGUCUUGCGGAAUUCAAGCCACUGGGACUACAGUAGAAAAUGCAGAAAAUGCAGCCGCUUUGCUGAAAAAUCCAGAAAUUCCAUCCAAAACCUCCGCUACCGUAGCCCAAAGGAAUUUGGAGUCUCUCGGAAUUCGAGCUACUGGCACUUCGGUAGAAAAUGCCGACACUGGCGCCAAUAUAUCGAAAGAUUCUGGAUUUCCAGUUGGGACCUCGACUACAGUAUCCGAGUGGAAUUUGGAAUCACUGGAAAUCCAAACUACCGGCACUACGAUAGAAAAUACCGACACCGACAAGAAUAUAUCAAAAGGCUCCGAGAUUCCAGUUGGCGCCUUCACUACAGUAGUCGAGCGGAAUCUGGAGUCUCUCGGAAUUCGAGCUACUGGAACAACUGUCGAAAAUGCCGACACCGACAAGAAAAUAUCGAAAGAUUCGGGAAUUCCCGUUGGGACCUCGGCUACAGUAGCCGAGCGGAAUUUGGAGUCGCUUGGCAUCCAAGCGGUUGGGACUACGGUAGAAAAUACCGACACCGACAAGAAUAUAUCAAAAGGCUCCGAGAUUCCAGUUGGCGCCAUCACUACAGUAGCCGAGCGGAAUCUGGAGUCUCUCGGAAUCCAAGCAACCGGGACUACUGUAGAAAAUGCCGACACUGGCGCGAAUGUAUCGAAAAAUUCUGAAGUUCCGAAAGACAUGUCAAUUACGAUGGCCGAACGGAAUUUGGAGUCUUGCGGAAUUCAAGCGACUGGGACUACUGUGGAGAAUGCCGAGACAAAGGCGAGUGUUUCGAAGACUUCUGAAGUUCCGAAAGUCACCGUCGUUACAGUAGCCGAGCGGAUUUCCGAGUCUCUCGGAAUCCGAGCUACUGGGACUACGGCACAAAAUGCCGACACUGCCAAGAAUAUCUCGAAAGAUGCGGAGAUUCCGGCCGGAACCACGUCUACAGUAUCCGUGCGAAAUUUGGAAUCACUGGGGAUCCAAACUACCGGCACUACGGUAGAAAAUACCGACACCGACAAGAAUAUAUCGAAAGCUGCGAAGAUUCCAGUUGGCACCACGACUACAGUAGCCGCGCGGAAUUUGCAGUCUCUCGGAAUUAAAGUCGCUGGAAUUACUCUAGAAAAUGCCGAAAACGUGGCCAAUUUGCUAAAUCCAGAAAUCCUAUCCGAAACCUCCGGUACAGUAGCCCAACGAAAUUGGGAGUCUCUCGGAAUUCGAGCUACUGGAACAACUGUCGAAAAUGCCGACACCGACAAGAAAAUAUCGAAAGAUUCGGGUAUUCCCGUUGGGACCUCGGCUACAGUACCGGAGCGGAAUUUGGAGUCUGUCGAAAUUCAAGCUACUGGGACUACUGUCGAAAAUGCCGACACAAAGGCGAGUGUCUCGAAGACUUCUGAAGUUCCGAAAGAUACCGUCGUUACGGUAGCCCAACGGAAUUCAGAAUUUGUUGGAAUUGAGGCUACUGGCGUUACUGUCGAAAAUGCGGACACUGUCAAGUAUCUAUCGAAAGAUUCGGGAAUUCCCGUUGGGACCUCGGCCACAGUACCGGAGCGGAAUUUGGAAUCACUGGGAAUCCAAACUACCGGCACUACGGUAGAAAAUACCGACAUCGACAAGAAUAUAUCCAAAGGCUCCGAGAUUCCAGUUGAUGCCACGGCCACAGUAGCCGAGCGGAAUUCGCAGUCGCAUGGAAUCCAAGCGGCUGGGACCACGGUAGAAAAUGCCGAAAAUAUAGCCGAUUUUGCAAAAGAUGCCGACACUCCCGCCGGCACCACAGCUACUUUGCUCGAACGUAACGUGGAGUCACUUGGAAUCCAAGCCACUGGGACUACGAUAGAAAAUACCGGCACACAAGCGACUGUAUCGAAGGAUUUUGAAGGUCCAAGAGACACUGUAGUUACGAUGCUCAAGCAGAAUUUGGAGUCUUGCGGAAUCCGAGCUACUGGGAUUACGCUGGAAAAUGCCGAAAACGAGGUUGAUCUAGCUAAAAAUACCGAUACUUUAGCCGAAACUUCCGCUACAGUCCUCGAGAGUAACGUGGAAUCACUCGGAAUUCAGGCGUCUCAGAUUUCUGCUACGACUUCUCAGAAUUCCACCCAUCUCAUGGAAAUCCAAUCAAAACCCGAACAAGCCGAACAAGUCGGCCAAGCCCGAAAACUGUCCCGCCAAUUCUCCGUCGACUUCUCGGGUCGGGCGGCUGUAGAUGAACAAAAGUCGAGCGAUUUCGAGUUUUCUGGCCUAAAAGAAGCUGAAGAAGAGGUCUCCGAUCUUGUCCUAGCCAAGCGGCGACUUCAAGAAGUGCUACGAACCAAAUCGAUUGUUGAGGAGGUGAUCACCGUGGAAAAUGAGAUCUGGGACGACCGAAAAAUGGAGGAGACCCAAGAAAUCUCCGGACUUCUCCCUGAGAAACCGGCGGUAGCCGCUCAAAUUGAUGCGCAAGAGCCGAGCGACUCGAUCUGUCAGCUAGAGGUUCGGACAAAGCUCGCAGACGCCGAAAAACUUGAGCAUCUACAGCCGGAUCCAGAGCACGAAAAACUUGGCUCGACCUUAAAAGCCACCCAGGAUUCUAGCGUGGCCAUCGACUCCGAGGAGUUCAGAAUGUCAGCAUCAGAAGCUGCAAAAACUGAGCUUUCGGUUGAACUGCUCGAGAAGGUGGAAUCUAGCAAGAAAAUUGAAGAACUAAGGAAAUUCUCGAAUUUCGAAAAACCGGAAGUCGAGCCGGAACAUUCCGAGAAGUUCCUAAGCUCCACGGAAAAGCUCGAACUUGCCGAAAAACUGCGCGAAAAAUCGAUUGAAGCCACCGGACUCACGAUCGCCUUCUUGGAGCUAAGCCCGCCAAGCCAAGCCGGUGAAGCUGGACAGCUCUUUGAAGCUCAACACCGGGUUUCCGAAGAUUUCCAAGCGGUACAAACUAGCGUGGAAACUUGUGAAGUUGAGGCGAAGAUUAAAAACGCCAAAGAAGCAACGGAUUUAGCCGAUUACGCCAUGAAACUCGUUGCAGUCGACGUAGCCAGCUUGACGUGCCGGGCUUCGUUUACAAGCCAAGCCCAAAAAAGCGCGGAUUUUGAGGUCUACGAUGGUGCCGAACAAGCAGCUGAUCAAGGACUACAGGACACACCUAUCGACAAAGUAUCCCACUCGUUUCCGCAACCUAAAGAAGAGGAAACAACUCUGCUUUGCGGAUCAAAGCUUGUAAAUGAAGCCGCCCAGGCUCAGCUUCCAAUUUCUGAAGCUCAAAAGCUAAUCCUAGAAACGAAGCCGGCUAGCUUAGCACAAGUCGACCUUGCCGAAGACGUUGCAGCAAAAAUCGAAGCAACUUCAAGCGUCGUUAAAAGUUUUUCGGAGUCUGAACGUCUAGAAACCGUCCGGCAAUUCGGGGAUGAAACGCUCGUCUUGGAGGAAUCAUUUCUGGGCCCAGAUUCGGAGGGUGAAGCUGCGACUUUUGGACUUCGGACUACAAACAUCAGCGAGGCUCUAAGCCAGCUUCUCGUUGAGCGAAAAGCCGAAAAUUUGGCUUCGUCGAUCGGCUUCGAAAACUUAAGCCGUCCUGGAGAAGCUCAGGAAGCAGCCGAAAAAUUGAUUUCUGAGCCGAUGAAGCUUGAAGCCAAGCUGGCAAUGCCGGCGGCUUCUGAAGCCGCCAGGCAAGUUGGUGAGCAGCUUUUGGCAGACGAACAAACAGCUCAAGUUCAAGCUGUUCAGUCUGAGCUUCAACAAGCGAAGCAAGCCCUUAAUGCCCAGGCUUCGAAAAAUGAAGUCCUGGAAAAGCUUGAGCAUCUCCAGAAACUUGACGAAGCCGACGAAGCGGCCAAGCUGCUUAGUGCCCAAAACGAAGCCCGUGAAGCCAUGCAAAUUAGGGAGGCUUCCGAAGAGAAUUGCUCGGUGUUCAUCGAUUCCAAGCUGGAAAAUGACAGAUUUUCUCGUGUUUUCGAAGAUUCCAAGCUCGAGCUUGCUAAGCUGACUUCCACCCAAAAAUCAAUCGAUAUUCCACAAAAUUUGGGUGAAAAUUUGGAUACUCAAACCCCUCAAUUUAUGCAAAUUUCGCGAGAUUUAGCCUUCGACACCGUACCCGACUCUGGCGAGACCGAAAAAGUUGCCCAAAUUUUGCCGGAAACCGAUACGGUAGCCGCCCAAUUUUCCGAUAGAGUUCAAGCAGUUCAAUCGAGCUUUUCGGGCCCCGAUUUGAAUCCGGAAAAUACAAUUAUGACAAUUGCUGAGACCGAAAAAAUUGGGGACAUUUUGAAAAUUGCAGAAUCCACGGCGGAGACGAGCCAAUUGGAGGUUAGGACUGGAAAUCGAGAAGAAGCGGCUAGUAUGCUAAUUUCUGAACCGACCACCGUAACCCAAGCCCUUCAAACCCAAGCUUCAAAGGAUGAAGCCCUCCUUGAAGUUGUUGACCUUCAAGCUCAAGCUGUCCAAGGUCAGCAACAACGCAUCUUUGCGGAACUGAACGCCUUGGCGACGAGCCAGUGCUUGAAAAUUGAAGCCCAAGCUUCGGAAGCUUCGCUAAGCCAAGCUCAACAAGCCCAAGCGGCUUCGAAAGCUUUGCCGACUUCGGAAACGCUAAGCCAAGCCAAAAACCUCGUCGCGCAACGCGAGGCUACUAUCGACAGCCCUGUAGCUUUCGGAGUCUUAGCCCCAAAACAUGAGGAAUCUGCUGACAAAUCGAUAAACCUGACAUCGAGUCAGAAAAUCGAGGAAUUAGCAAAUUUCCAAGCUUCUCAAGAAGUUCAAGCUACAUUGGCUUCGAAUUUGGGCUCAAAAACUGAAGCGGAAAAUGCCGAAAAAUCGAUCAAAAUCAGGGAAGCCGGAAAAACGGAGCUUACCGGACUUCAGGCUCAAGGAUUUGAGGCCAAAGACGUUGAUGCGGAGCUACACGGAACUCCGGAGGUACGCCAGGAUGCGGUAAUCCGGUCAAUUCCGGAAAAACCAUCCCUACAAGCCGUUUUUACCGAAAAGGAACCGAAAAGUGAAGAGAUUUUCACGAUUUUGGAUACGGUAGCGAGAGCGGAAAAUGCGGAAUCGGUACUUCCGGAAUCCGGAAAAAUCGGAGAAACCGUGAACCUUGCUGCCAAGGCUCCAGUUGUUGAACAAGCCCAAACUACGCAGAAUUUUGAGCGGAACCCAGCGGAAACUACCGUACUCUCUGCGCCGGAAAUCGAAAAAAUCGGGAUUUCCAAAAAUUUGGGAAUUUCCGAGGCGGCGCAAUCGAUUACACUAGGAAAAGAAGCGACACUUGAUUCCGCUGCUGCCUUAUUGACGGCAGAGGAGGCGGAGUACGCGAUUGUACAAACCACAGAGCGCCUACAGGCUACAACCGGACUCCAGCAGAACUACGGUAGAAUCGAGCCCCCCAGAGAGCAAGCCGAACUCGCCGAACAAGUGGUGCAGGAGAAGCGCAGCCUGAAAAGCAAGCUUCUGACAAAGUCGGCUUCAUUUUCGGGGCAACAGCUAGACGAGGAGCUCGUUAAAUUGACGAAAUCGGAAUUUGCUUUCAGAAUUUUGACCUCAAAGCGAGGGGAAUCGGUGGAGAGGGCCUUGAAAUCGACUUCAGAAGCUUCGCUGACUUCAUUGGUGGCUUUGGAGGCUCAAGAAAAUGAAGCCAGGGCCGAGAAAAUCGAGAGAUUCGCGCGAAGUCGAUCCGUGGCUUCGUUCCGAACACUUGCCGAAGCCUCUGAAGCCUAUUCCGCAAGUUUCCUAAGUACGGAAAGGUUGUACGAGUCGGCGACGUGCUUGAGGAGAUCGAGAAGCUUGGUGAGAGCUUCGGAAAAUCGAAGCUUCAAAGCCCCAACUACCGUAAGCACGGAGCUUGAGCCAAUUCUGAAGCGUAGUCCCUCGGAAUCCACGGAAAUCACGCAAAAAUCGAGGUCGUCACAGCUAUUCGAAGCCAGUCGAAGCUACAGUAUCCAAAACCUGAGCUCCGAGCACAAAGUAGCUGCUCAACAAGGCCAACAAGGUCAGGCCGAGCGCUGCGGACGCGAAAAAUCGAGGGAUACGGUCGUUUUCAGGAGUCGGGAAUCAAGCCAAGUCGGUUUUGACUUGAACCAGACGCUCAGAAAAUCAAGAAAAAUGGACGAAGAAGUGGAAGGAGUACAAAUUACGCCUAGAAACGUUUACGCAACUCUGAAAACGAGAUCCGCCUCCGUUACCUCCAUCGAUACGGAAGCCAGACUUUCCGGAAAACCACCAAUUUCCGGCGUGAAUUCGAUCCGGAAAAGUGCCAGGAAGGAAAGUGCGGAAAGAGGAGUAUCGGCUACGCGGGAGUCCUCUUUACAGGCUACCGUACGACUGGAGUCAGAGGGGCCGCGAGAAGCGGAAACCAAAUUUGUCCGACGGAUCCUUCAGAAAUCGGCUUCGCUAGCUAGCUUCCGCGAGUCGUCAGUGGCUUCUGAAGAUUACACUUCCGCUUUUAUCACGACAAUCGACGCGGACGCUGAUGCGGCAAUCCAUUUCCGGUCCAGAAGUGAAGCCCGCGAAGCCAAGUCGCUAAAUGUGCGAGCGGCUUCGGUCGAAAAUCUUAAGCUCGACUACGCGGUGCACCAAACUACGCAAGAAUCCGUCGAAUUUUCGAAAAAUUUGGUCGAUUCUGAAGCUCUAACUUCAAGCUUCUCAAGCCAACAAGCCAAGCUUGCAGCCGAAAUUGAAGCCAAGCCGACUGAAAGCCAAGCCACUGAAGCUAGCUUAGAAUGUGGAAGCCAAGAAGGAGCUCGAGCUACCUUAAAGGAGCAGCGAAAUGUCGAAGCCCAAGGGCUGGCCAGCUUUUCGAGACUGACCCCGAAAAAAGCCCAAGCUGAACAGGUGGACUGCUUGGUGACAUUGAAGCCAAGCCAGGCUGAAAAGCUAACGCUUGAAGCUGCUCAACAAGCCGAGAUUUCUGGAAGUCUUGAAGUAAAGAAUAAAAAUCUGCCCGUCUCCAGCACUGAGCUCACCAAAAAGCUGGAAACCCUUGAACGACUUGAAAAGCUUGGCAUCGAGCUUCAUGAUGAAGCCGCUCAGAAACUGGUAGAUCUAUAUGGACUAGAACAAGUGGAUGAAGCCGCUGAAGCCAAAAGAUCCGAGCCCAGCCGCGACUUCGCCAAGUUCAAAGCCACGCAACCCCAAGAGGAAUCGGCUUACCUUUUCACCUCCACAGGCGAAGUUUUUGAAGCUCCUGGAAAGCUCUGUAACUUGAAAAACGAAGCCGAGCUUGGCUUAGGCUUACAAGCCGCCAAAAGUGAAGCCGUACUUCAGACUCAGGAGUUGAGCUCCAAAACUCAAGCUGAAGCCGCUCAAGUAGCUUUGGUCCAGCCCCAAAAAGAUGAGACUACCUUCAAAUUUGCGUACGACCAGGAAAGCACGCUCAUCUCCAUGGAGCGCGAGCAUUUCCGCAUGGCCGAGCAGGUCAAGCCGACCUCAGAGAUAAGUCAAGUCGGCUUGGCCUUGAGAGAGCAAGGAGAGGAAGCCGCUAAACUUCUAGCAGUCGCUGGUCAGCUACAGCCUAAGCUACCCGAAUCCGAAACAAUUUCCAGCACGUUUGAAGUCAAGUCCAGCCAAACGCUGUCAAAAAACUGUUCAGCACCGGGCCAGGAAGCCACGGAAUGCAAGUGUGAUUUGGUGCGUAGCGUAGCACAGGAGAUGGCGGUUAAAAGCCUGAAGAAACGAAUCGGAGCUGAAGCAGAGCUCUCGACGUCAGCAGCGAGUUCAUCAGUCUACUGUGAAUUACAUAAUGUGGGCGUGGCCGAUAUGUUGAACGCCUCGAAGUCGUUGACGCAAGCUCGGGCUCAAAGUGAAGAGGCCAAAGUACAAGCUCCAAAAGAGGAGAGCGCCUAUGGCUUCUGGAGCGUGACGGAGACGCUAGGGGCGGAGAAGCUGCUCAAGUCACCUAUGAGAUCCGUCGACUCGGUGUCGCUGGCCUCCUUGGCGUCGUCGGAGGAGACGUCGCUGGCCGAGGCGGUGUUGAACCGGCGGCCAAGCCUCGUGGUGGAAAUUAUGCUUCGAAGCCAGGCCCGUGAGGCCAGUGUGGCUUCGCUCGGGUUUGAGAGAGUCGAGUUUUUGAAGAAAAUCGAGGAGCAUCAAGUUCAGGGCGUUCAUGUUGAGCGACUAGAAACUAUAGAAUCCGAAUUUGAAGUAGGCAAAUUUGACUUAGGGCCGCAAGAGGCAGAAAAACCCGAAAUUGGUGUACAACUACACACUACAGAACCAAAGCCGCAAGAGGCCAAAGUACAAACCACAGAAAUCAAGCCGCAAGAGGCACAAUUACAAACUACAAGCUACGAAUUUGAAUCUGAAGUCGCCGAAGCCAAGCUGACUUCAGAAUUCGAGCCGCAAGAGGCACACAAACGACAAACUACAACCGAAACGACGAACACCCAAGUGAGCGUGGCCAAGCUGUUCAGCCCCGCCCCCCAAUCCGUGGCCACGCAAACCGUAGAAAUUGACAUGUCCCUCCUAGAAAUCUUGGUAAUCCCGAAAAUUGCCUCCUCCACCUCCUUCUCGUCUUCAUUAACCCAAAAAAUCGAAACCUCGAAGCUUGAAGUGAUUCUAGAAGAAGCCGCUGGACCUCGACUUCAGCAAGUUCAUGAAGCCGAAGCCCAGACGGAGUUGACUUCAUGUCACCUUGAAGCGAAGCUACUGAAGUCGCAGAGCUUUGCCUACAACUCUGAAGUGGCUGAAGUCACCCGACAACAGCAAGAAGUUCGGGCAAAGUCGGUUGAGCAUCAGGCUACGGUGUUUGAGCUAAAACGACGCGAUGAAGCAGUUCAGGCGAAGAUCAACGAGAAGGUGACUGAAACCGAGAAAUUGAGCACCACCGGCGCCGUUGAAGCUCAAGUCGCAGUAAGUCACGAGCUGCACGAGCUGCAAAAAGAGGAGCUCCUCCAGAAGAUGUUCGCCUACCAGAAUUUCGAGAAGCUUGAGCGCCAAUUCUCGGCAGAUGAACACACCUUCGACUCCCGGUUUUCCAGGGAGAGCUCGAGGAGUGAAACAGCGUUCACGGUAGAUACUCAAGUUGAGGGCAGCGUCGAGCGCAACUUCAAGGAGGACACCACCAACAGCGCCGGGCUGUUCGGCAGGAUUUUCCAAAAACAUCCGGAAUCUGGAGAGCAGGAGACGAUCAUCGACGAGAUCAGGGUAUUCCGCCAAUUCCUGAGAACCCUGGCGGCCGUGAACAUCUCCGCCUCGAUCAUCUCCGAGUUGACUAAACUGCCCGAGGCCGAGCAGUCCAUCCACAACAAGCUCGUAGCUGAACUCCUUCGCCAGGAGCAGAAGUUCCAGAUCGAAAACGUCCCCUCCGUAGAGAAAUUCAUCCAAUCGUUCCGUCACAACCUGGAGGAGGUCGAAAAAACGCUUGCCGAGAAGGCGAAGGAGCACCUGGCCGAGUCGGUGGACGUCUACUCGGACCAGGCCAACUUCGCCGAGUACGAGACGGUGGUCGAUGAGAUGAUGGCGGCACGAACAUUCCGGGAGGCUACUAUGGACUCUGGGUUUGCCUCAUUCAAAUCGCCGGCCGCCUCAGAAGCUUCGGCUGCGAUAGCUUUACAAAAAUCCGGGCUCGAGAAGACCGCCGAGUUCAAGAGUAUCCUUGAAAAUAGAGCAUCUACCGAUCGAACUUUUGGUGUAGAUGACCAACAAGUUGGGGCUGUUCUGGCAAAAUCUGAAGGGAAAUCUGAGGAAGCCGAAAAAUCGGUAGUUGAACAUAGGCGAGAUUCCGUAACCCGUAGUGUUUCGGAAUUCCGGGAGGAAAAAGUCGACGUCUGCAACCUGUUCGGGCGGAUGAUUAAGAGAAAACCGGAAGUAGCAGAAGCCGAGAACAUCCAAAAAACACCCCGCUUUUGGCAGGAAGAGCUCCAAAAACUUGCCGCAAUUUUUGUGGCCUCUCAAAAGGAUGUUCAACUCCAAAAAACCGCACAACUCGAGGGUGCGAUUUGGAGCGCCCCGGAACGCCCCCACAUGUGUUUCGAAUUCCGUGCCCCGGCUAGCAAAUGGGCGCAAACAAAUGCACUCGAUUACAGUGUAAAUAAUCCCUCCCAGGAGCUGGCCGCAGAAAAAUCGAUUCGUGGCAAAAUCUUGCGAAAAACCGGAAAAUUCGUGCGGUCAGUCGAUUGGGCGGCCCGGGAAUUGGACGCGAGCUGGGAGCAGGUGCUGAACGACAUGGAGACCGAGUACAGGGCCCGCAUCAUCACCAUCGAGCGGGAGGAGCUCCGGCUCAACAUCUUGGAGCAGGUCAGCAAAGAUUUUCCAGUACCGCUUCAAGGCGCCUUUAAAAUGGGCCACGAUCUGGAUUUGGCUUCUAACAUUGGCCUGACCAGCUUGAAGACGGAGUUCAGCUCCUUUGAAGAGAGCUCCAAACAGCUGGAGCUGAACUUGGCGAACGCCUUGGACGAGUUCGAGGCUGAGGGUACCCUGACGAGCUCGAGAUAUGAGAACCUGAAGCAAGAUUUCCCAGAAUUUUCUGCAGAAGAAAUUCGAGCUGCUGUCCAACUCGUUCGGACGACAAUUCCAAAACCUCGGUCAUCUACCGACCACAUUGUCCACAUUGACACCACCCUGAAAAAUGUGCUAGCCACAGUAGCUGCUCAAGAACAGCAAGCCAAUGCCCAGCUGACCAUUCAAAGGGCCGGCAAGUUGGAGCAGUGCGAUACCGUCCGAUCCCCGAAACCUAGAGAUCAAAUUAUUUUCCAUUCGAAAGCUUCACUAGAUAGCUACGCCGAAGCCACAGGAAUUUUGAUAGGCAUGGAAAGCCAAGCCCAGCAAGCUGAAUCGACUUUCCGGGCUCAAAACCGCGCAAAAAGCGUCGAGAAGUUCAAGGAGGUCGAGGGCGAUGAGUUCGAGAUCCUCAGCGAGUACAUCGGCGUCUACCGGGACCUUGAGGCCGAGACGAGACUCAAAGGAAGCCUGAAUCUAUCCCACAUUUUCCAAGCUCACCAAGCCACCGAAGAGACGGCUACCGUAACCUGUGAGAAGGCGCGUUACGUAGCCCCCGCCGACGUCGAGAAGACGUUCAAAUCGCCAUCUGAACUCCUCCAACACGUCGUCGCCCAUUUCUCAGUUGAAUUUGCUGGCAUUUUAGUUGAUCUUGGUUCCCCUCAAUCUGCACCGUCACAAGACACCACUUGCACCCUAAAAGCCGCCAAUUUUGAAGCCGGCCAAGCCCGACUUCGCGAGUCGAGCGAGACCCAACUUCGCGCCCUAGUCAAUUUGCAUAAAAUCGAAAUCUCCCGCCCCAGCCAGCGACACGAAGCCGUUUUCCCGGAGAUUACCCGAAUUUCAGAGGAGCUGCGAA